AUGGCGUUUAAUGAUUGCUUUAGUUUGAAAUAUCCUGGCAACCCCCAGCCAGGGGACUUAAUUGAAGUAUUUCGCCCUGGCUAUCAGCACUGGGCCCUGUACUUGGGUGAUGGUUACGUUAUCAACAUAGCACCUCUAGAGGAUGAUAUCCCUGCAUCAUUUACAAGCGCCAAGUCUAUAUUCAGCAGAAAGGCCCUGGUGAGGAUGCAGCUCUUGAAGGAUGUUGCAGGAAAUGACAGAUACAGAAUAAACAAUAAGUACGAUGAAACAUACCCGCCUCUCCCCAUGGAAGAAGUCAUGCACCGGUCAGAAUUUGUUAUUGGACAGGAGGUGGAGUAUGACAUAUUGGUCAACAACUGCGAGCAUUUUGUGACUUUGCUUCGCUAUGGAGAAGGAGUUUCAGAGCAGGCCAACCGAGCAAUAAGCACUAUUGGAUUUGUGACAGCUGUUGCUGGUGUCUUCUCAUUCCUGGGCUUGUUUCCAAAAAGACAAAGAGCAAAAUAUUAUUAAAAAUUUACUGAAGAGAUAUCGGAACUGGAGUUUGUGAGAAGGGGGAAAAAAAACCUGGGAUGAAUACUUAUUUUCAAGGCAUCAUUUCUGUUCAAAAUUCCAAUAAUGGAUGGCAGGCUGUUUAAUAAAUUGCUUACUGAUAUUA